UAUACCUAUUAAUAAUACUAAAAUCAAAGAAUCCUAACAAAUCCGACUAAUAAUCCUAGCUAAGAAACGCAACGAGUUGAGAAAGGUGCAACAAAUUAUUGAAGAUACAAAUUUGAAAAUUUAAAUUCAAAUAUAAUAAAAUAACAAUUUACUACGACCUACAACAUCCUAAGUAAAUUAAAUAACAAUUAAAACCUAGCUAUAAUUUAAUAACAACAAAACAGCAAUUAAAAAAAAACCAAAAAAAAAACAAAUCCAAAGUGUUUCGUUUAGAAUAUACCUCAAAGUCAUCAUCAUCACACCCAGUUCACCGCUUUGCUGAUAUCCACAGCGAUCCGACACUCUUUUAUAUUUAAGGACAAGGAUACGAAACAGCAAAAUCAAGAAUAUUCCCUUAAGCAACUGCAACCCUCUUAAGGAGCCGCAAUAAAAGCAGGCAGCCGCAUCACUUGUAUCACCUUUUUGCAAACUUUAAGACAAAACACAAACAACAACAACGCCGCUUCAACAUGGGCAACAAAGAAAGUGUCGAUGCUGCUGCCAAAUUGAAUGCAGAAGCAUGGGCUCAUGAGAGGAGCAGUCGUUAUCACAACUAUCGUCAUAAUCAACGCUCUCAGUCGCUAAAUCGCGGCCAAACUCUAUCACAGGCAGACGUUAGCGGGAUGUGGUGACAUCGGGGUGCAACAGCUCAAUCCAGUGGCUGUGCCAGCUGUGCCAUGGGCAACAAAUUGAGCUGCUCAUGUGCGCCCCUGAUGCGCAAAGGUGGCUAUC